CUCUGUGGUCAGAAGCGCUAUCGCAGCCACACAUAGUUAAACCGAAUAAAAAAAAUCGAUUCAAAAUGAAAUCGAUCGUGAUAUUCGUUUGUGUAUUCCUAUGCGUUCUGCUUUUUAAUUGUGGAUUUGCAAAAUUAGCUCCCGACUUCAUUCAUCCAUGUAAUGCUGGCAACUGGAAAUCCUGUCUAAUUGAGUCAACUCAAGAAGCGAUACCUGACUUUGUCAAGGGUAUUCCUAAUUUAGGAGUGCCAAGUUUGGACCCGUUUGUCAUUGAGAAGUUAACAAUUCCCCUGAGCGGGAUUAACGUCACAUUCUAUCAAGGAAAAGUAUCAGGAUUUAGAAAGUGCAUCGUGGAUAAUGUUAUUUCAGAAUUGGAGAAACGUCACUUUGUCCUAGCGUUUCAUUGCAAUUUGACAAUCAAAGGACAAUACGAUGCCAUCGGAAGAAUUCUGCUUUUCCCAAUCAACGGUAAAGGAGACGCUAAAAUCAAAUUGACAAAUCUUCGCAUGAAUGUGGAUAUAAAUACCAAAUACAUCAAAGACGCGGACGGUGCUGACCACUUUGCUCUAAGGAAUUACAAAUAUACUUUCGACUAUGGCGACCAUGUCUCUUUUGAUUUGAAGAAUCUAUUUAGGGAAAGCAAAGAGCUAAGUGAUGCUGUGUUGGCAUUUCUAAAUGACAAUUGGAAGACUGUCGCUGAAGAAUUUGGAAAACCUAUUAUGGAUUAUGCCGUCGAAUUAGCUAUAAAUAAUAUUGAGAAAUUCUUCCUUGCAGUACCUUAUAAUGAGUUAGUUCAUGUACCCUUACCUGAAAAAUAUACGUGA